AUGGCGUCCAGACAAGAGAGACAGCACAAGGCGCGGGAGAGGGCGCUGACCCUGCAAGAGCGUGAAAUGCACCGGUGCGACACUCGACCUCUUCGACGAGAGGUAACCCACACUCAUGCCACCAUAACAGUNUUCUACCAACCUUGGCUUGACGCCCAGGGCACCGCCGCCAAUGUCGCCGCCCAUGUCCAGGACCUUGCUCACGUCGACGACUUUGCCAUCAACACCCUGUCCGACAAGGGGUUCCGUCCCCUGGCCUCGCGCGACACCACCUUGACCGCUUUUGCCCAACUCGCUGCCCUCCGCCUCAAUGUACGCCGUGCUAUGGUCAGCUUGAUUGACUCGAAACACCAAUACAUUCUUGCCGAAGCCACGCGGACCCUGUCUUUGGUCGACGACACACGACAUGCCGACGGCGAUGCCUUGUGGCUCGGAACCACCUCGUUGGCCAGGGAAGAUGCUGUGUGCCAAUGUGCCUUUACAAGACAAUACGCCGUCAAGGAUGACGAAGGUCGCUCCAUUACCGCAACUGCCGCUGUCAUGCCCGACUGCCGUCUGGACGAUGACUUCAAGGACAAACCCUAUGUCAUUCAGGAACCUGGUGUUCGGUUCUAUGCUGGUGUACCCAUCAGAUCAAGAUCUGGUCACAACAUUGGUGUUUAUGCUGUCAGUCACGACGCUCCGAGGGACCCGCUGACCUAUGAUGAGUUGCGUUUCAUGCAAGAUAUUGCCGUUGCUGUCAUGGACCAUCUGGAAUGGGCGAGAGAUCGUGUAGAUCGUUACAAGGGCGAACGCAUAGUCCGUGGCAUGGCCGACUUUAUCGAAGGCGCUCCAUCCAUGCGUGCUAUGAAGGAAGAUAUGGACAAAGAAGAUCAAUCUGCCGCGACCCCCAAGAAACCUGAUUCAGCAUCGGUCACAAAUAAAAGUUCUAAAGAUGAUGCUGAAGCGCGACUAACCCCUAAGAAAACAGACAGCAGUAGGCCUGCUCGUCGGCCCACGCUGGAAUCCAGGUCCGAAUCCUUCUCUAGACGCCGGGAAGUCAAAACCGACAACAUGUCCAAAUUGCUCGAUCGUGCCUCCCGCAUAUUGCGGGAAUCUACCCUNGCCGAAGGCGUUGUAUUNUUUGGUCCAUCUGGAAACAAUCCUAUGAAGUCUACCCUGAGAUCUGCCAUGGCAGCCCGUGACAGAAUGUCGGGUACUGACGAUGAGUCCGCGAAACACCUCUCAGUCGACUCGGUUGAUGUCGACAAUUCAACAGACUCCGAUGCUAAUCACCACGUUCGCACCUCCAAGAUUCUCGGCCUCUCUUUGACAAACAAGAAGGACAGUUCUCUUUUCCACAAUACAGCGCUGGAUGCUCUAACUCUCGAAAACUACUUCAAGCUCUACCCCACCGGGAAGAGCUUCCAUUUCUCUGAGGCUGGCUCAGGUCUUUCAUCUGAGGACGACAGUGCUAGUGAGAGUCAGAAAUCUGCCAGUGAUAGAUCCAAAGCAGUUCCUGAGACUACAUCACAGAAGGUCAUCGGCAAAAAGAAAAAGAUUCGCAUGAGCCACCAGGAGCUCCUCAAGAAUUUUUUACCGGGAGUCAAGAAUGUUAUAUUCCUCCCACUCUGGGACUAUGUUGAAGAAAAGAUAUUUUCGGGUCUGUUUCUAUGGACCAGCAGCUCCGGGAGGAUGAUGAAUUUGGACGACGAUCUAUCAUUCCUAAGGGCUUUCGGCAAUACCAUCAUGUCCGAGGUCGCACGUAUGAACACGCUCAAGGACGACCGAGCGAAAACAACAUUCAUCGCGUCUAUGAGCCACGAGUUACGCUCUCCGCUACAUGGUAUUCUUGGGUCUGUCGAGUUCCUGGAGGAAACGGCUGCCGAUGCCUAUCAGUCUAGUUUGAUCCACUCGAUCUCGACUUGCGGCAAAACUCUGCUAGAUACUCUAGAUCAUGUUCUCGACUAUGCCAAGAUCAACAAGCUUGGCCGGAAUCGCAUGAAGAAAGAUGCUAGGUCAAAUCGACUUGCUUCCGCUACAGAUUCACCUUCCGAGAGUCUGAGUAUCUCAGCCGAUAUCGACCUCGGCUUAGUUGUAGAAGAGGUUGUUGAAGCUGUUUGUGCUGGUCAUGCAUUCAAAAAGAUGCAUACUGGGGAUCUCAAGUCGCGUGAGGGACCUGUGAUCACCAUGUCUCGCCACGCAUCGGCUGGCAAGCUUUCCACAGCUGACGGUGGGAACAUUAACGAGGGCGAAGUUGCGGUCUUGCUUGAUGUCAGCCCAAGAGCUAGCUGGAUGGUGCGAACGCAGCCGGGAGCAUUGAGAAGGAUUAUCAUGAACUUGUUAGGUUGGGUAGCAGUAUCUCUGCGAGCCCAGGAAAGCACGCAUCCGCACAAGAUGGAUGUGGUAUUCCGAGUCGUCGAUUCUGGCAAGGGAAUGUCGGACGACUUCAUGAAGAACAGGCUGUUCGUUCCUUUCAGUCAAGAAGAUACCUUCCAGCCUGGAACUGGAUUGGGUCUGAGCAUCGUGAGACAGAUCGUAGACUCACUAGGUGGGAGCAUCGACAUCAAAAGUGUGCAAAACGUUGGUACAGAAAUAGACGUGCGUCUGAGCCUAGCAGAUGCUUCUACAAACAAGGUCUUAGACAACGAGAUCACCUCGGUAGCUGCCAAAACCAAGGGACUAAGACUGUGUCUUCUCGAUCCCAAUGGUGAGAAGGAGAGAGAUCAGAACGACAAUAUCAGCCGACUCGACACGACAUUGUCUGAAGUGUGCUGGGGCUGGUUCGAGAUGGAGGUCACCAAAGCAAGCAGCCUCAGGGAAGUCGACGCAGACAUGUACAUGUACACUGAGCCACCCUCGGUUGAGUAUCUACUGGAACACCACGGCGUCAACAAAAAGGGCAGCGCUAAAGGCCGAGGCAAAGAGGUUCCUUUGAUUAUAGUCUGCCUCAAUGCAUCGGAGGCUGUUGGAAUCACGGCCAACCACAUCAAGGCUUUAUCGGAUCUCGGCCGUAUCGUGGAAGUGAUCUCGCAACCCUGUGGGCCUCGCAAGCUGGCCAAGGUAUUAAGCCAAUGUGUCAGACGCAUGGAAGAGACCUUCAACAAGCCCAUGAAACCCGACCGACAACCACAACCACAAGGGCUACCUCAUCGAUCACGACUUGAGGAUAUGGGUGCGGCCACUAUGCUUGGAUUGCCGAGCAUGACUCUACCACGCCUCAACACUUCGGAAGAAAGGACCGAAUCUGUUCGGGCCCGAGACUUUAUCCGCAACACGGCUCUGGAGAUUCCUCCCAGCACAGCAGUCUCGUUCCCCAGCAUCAAUCGCGGCGAAGGCAAUGCCCGAGAACCACAAGCACAAUCACAAUCAACCUUGGCACCACACGUCCUCCUCGUCGACGACAACCCCAUCAACCUCCAACUCCUAGUCAUGUUUAUGAAAAAGCACAAACUGCCCUACCAAGAAGCUGUCAAUGGUCAAGAAGCCCUGGACAAGUACAUCGAACAUGGCAGCGGCAACCCAAGCAAACUCCCUUUCGACUUUGUGCUGAUGGACAUUUCCAUGCCUGUAAUGAAUGGUCUAGAAUCCACACGACGGAUCCGUGAAUUCGAAAUCGAACAGAAUACCGGCAAGAAAGCGACCAUCAUCGCUUUGACAGGUUUGGCGAGUGCAGAGGCACAAGCUGAUGCUGAAGCUUCGGGUGUUGACAUCUACAUGGCCAAACCAGUCAAAUUUCAGGCGUUGAGACCGCUGCUGGUGAGUAAGAAGCCUGAGAAGAAGACAGAGGAGCAGUUGCUCUCUUGA